AUAAUCGGUAUUCUCGACAAUACUGCUGACGCAUUAUUGAUUUUUUUCAUAACGCUUGUUAAAAAACCGAGAAAAAGAUAAAUGAUGCGUCAUUCUCGCAAGGCAGAUGUAAUCACACAGUCUCAUGAUAACGCGCAACGCAAGCUCAGCUGGCUCAGCGCAAGAUGAAGAAACGAAUUGUAUUAUUUGGCGGCACUGGGAACACCGGUCUCUGUUCUCUCAGAACCGCUGUGGAAAAUGGUCUGGAGGUGAGAGCUUUUGUAAGAGACAAAGACAAGGUUCCUGAGGAUCUUAGAAAUAAAGUUGAACUAAUUGUUGGAGAUGUUAUUAAUGCAAAAGAAGUUGCAAAUGCAGUAGCUGAUAGAGAUGCCGUUGUGGUAAUACUUGGCACUAGGACAGACUUGAGUCCUACUACUGUAAUGUCUCAGGGCAUGAAGAAUAUAAUAGAAGCCAUGAAAGCACAUAAUGUUGAAUUGGUGUCUGUAUGCCUAUCAGCAUUUUUAUUCCUCAAAUUUGAAGCAGUGCCUGCUAUAUUUAGAAGUGUAACUGAAGAUCAUCAGCGCAUGUUUGAUCUGAUCAAAUCGAGCGAUUUAAAAUGGGUAGCGAUAUUGCCACCGCACAUUGCAGAGACAUCAAAGUCCAAGUACACUGUCACAUUCGAUUCUUCACCUGGACGAGUAAUCUCCAAAUAUGACCUGGGUGCAUUUCUUGUCGAAUGUCUUGAGAAUCCUGAUUAUUACCAAAAGAUCUGUGGCAUUGCGACUGUGUCAUGAUACGAUAGAGAAAUGAUAGGGAUGUAAAAAUAAUAAGAUGCAUGUAUUUUUUUCUAGUGGAAAAAUAAAUAUAUAUAUAUUUAUGUAAAUCGUUAUCACAUUUGAUAAGUUAUGCAACUGGUUCGAAUUGUGUUGGAUAGAAAAGACCAUGUUCUGUCACAUCGUGUUCUGUCGCUAGAAUAUAACGAACACAGAAGGAAUAUUUACAAUAGAGAAGUAAUCUAGGCGAGAGAAAUGGCGCUAAAAAACAAUGAAUCUGCUUCUCGAAAUUUCAUAUAUAAAUUAGAAUUAAAUGUAAAGUUAGAAAAAUAAAUCUAGCACUGUCUGGCACUGUACUUUGCAGCUUAUAAUAAGAACAGAAGCUUUAUUCUCGAAAAAUAUCACAUACGAUAAUACUAUAGUAUACAUUGUGUAUAUUAUAGAUUUUCGUAUACAAAUUCAAGAAUAUAGGCCUAAAAUUUGAAGUAUCUAAUAUUUCGAGCUGAAAAGACAAAUGCAUGUUUAUUCGCGAAUGAUUUCGAACGAAUGAUUUCAUGUUUCAAAAAAUUAUUUACACGA